CACACCCUCAGGAGAGAGGAACCAGCCCCCUUCCAGCCUGGGCUUCCGGCUCCAAGCAGACCCCCUCCCCCUUCUGCUGUCCCUCUCCCGGCCACUGCAUGCUAUCCGUCCUCUCCCGGAGCGCUGCAAUAUUUUCUUUCUGCCUCUCUCCGCUCCUCCAUUUGUUUUGUGUUUCCCACUCUUUGAGGAAGGAUGGUUGAUUUGGAGAGCGAAGUGCCCCCUCUGCCUCCCAGGUACAGAUUUCGGGAUUUGCUGCUGGGGGACCAAGGAUGGCAGAACGAGGACAGGGUACAAGUUGAAUUCUAUAUGAAUGAAAACACAUUUAAAGAGAGAUUGAAAUUAUUUUUUAUUAAAAACCAGAGAUCAAGUCUAAGAAUACGUCUGUUCAAUUUUUCUCUCAAAUUAUUAAGCUGCUUUUUAUACAUAAUCCGAGUCCUGCUAGAAAGCCCUUCACAAGGAAAUGAAUGGUCUCAUAUCAUUUGGGUGAACAGAAGUCUACCUUUAUGGGGCCUCCAGGUUUUAGUGGCCUUGAUAAGUCUAUUUGAAACAAUCUUACUUGGUUAUCUCAGUUACAAGGGAAACAUCUGGGAGCAGAUUUUACGAGUACCCUUCAUCUUGGAAAUAAUUAAUGCGGUUCCCUUCAUCAUCUCAAUAUUCUGGCCUUCCUUAAGGAAUCUGUUUGUCCCAGUCUUUCUAAACUGCUGGCUUGCCAAACAUGCCUUGGAAAAUAUGAUUAAUGAUCUCCAUAGAGCCAUUCAGCGUACCCAGUCUGCAAUGUUUAAUCAAGUUCUGAUUUUAAUAUCUACAUUACUAUGCCUUAUCUUCACCUGCAUUUGUGGAAUCCAACAUCUUGAACGAAUAGGGAAGAAGUUGAAUCUGUUUGACUCCCUUUACUUCUGCAUCGUGACAUUUUCCACCGUGGGCUUCGGCGAUGUCACUCCCGAAACCUGGUCCUCCAAGCUCUUUGUUGUUGUUAUGAUCUGUGUUGCUCUCGUGGUCCUACCCAUACAGUUUGAACAGAUGGCCUAUCUGUGGAUGGAGAGACAAAAAUCAGGUGGAAAUUAUAGUCGACACAGAGCUCAAACCGAAAAGCACGUUGUUCUGUGUGUCAGCUCACUGAAGAUUGACUUACUUAUGGACUUUUUAAACGAAUUCUAUGCUCACCCAAGACUGCAGGAUUAUUAUGUGGUCAUUUUGUGUCCUACUGAAAUGGACGCGCAGGUUCGAAGGGUCCUGCAGAUUCCAAUGUGGUCACAACGUGUCAUCUACCUUCAAGGUUCAGCCCUUAAGGAUCAGGAUCUGCUGAGAGCAAAAAUGGACGACGCUGAGGCCUGUUUUAUUCUGAGCAGUCGUUGUGAAGUGGACAGGACAUCCUCUGACCACCAAACAAUUCUGAGAGCAUGGGCUGUAAAAGAUUUUGCUCCAAAUUGCCCUUUGUAUGUGCAGAUAUUAAAGCCUGAAAAUAAAUUCCAUAUCAAAUUUGCUGAUCAUGUUGUGUGUGAAGAAGAAUUUAAAUACGCCAUGCUAGCUUUAAACUGCAUAUGCCCAGCCACUUCCACCCUCAUCACACUCCUGGUUCACACGUCUAGGGGGCAGGAAGGCCAGCAAUCGCCAGAGCAAUGGCAGAAGACAUACGGCAGAUGUUCUGGGAAUGAAGUUUACCAUAUUACUUUGGAAGAAAGUACAUUUUUUGCCGAAUACGAAGGAAAGAGUUUUACGUAUGCCUCAUUCCAUGCACACAAAAAGUAUGGUGUCUGCUUGAUUGGUGUUAGGAGGGAGGAUAAUAAAAACAUUUUACUGAAUCCAGGUCCUCGAUACAUUAUGAAUGCUACAGAUAUAUGUUUUUAUAUUAAUAUUACCAAAGAAGAGAAUUCAGCAUUUAAAAACCAAGACCAGCAGAAAAAAAGCAAUGUACCAAGGUCAUUUUAUCAUGGACCUUCUAGAUUACCCGUACAUAGCAUAAUUGCCAGCAUGGGUACCGUCGCUAUAGACUUGCAAGACACAAGCUGUCGAUCCGCAAGUGGCCCUACCCUGUCUCUUCCUACAGAGGGAAUCAAAGAAGUCAGAAGACCCAGCAUCGCUCCUGUUUUAGAGGUCGCAGACACGUCCUCCAUUCAAACAUGUGACCUUCUAAGUGAUCAAUCAGAAGAUGAAACCACACCAGAUGAAAAAAUGUCCUCCAACUUAGAAUACGCUAAAGGUUACCCACCUUAUUCUCCAUAUAUAGGAAGUUCACCCACUUUUUGUCAUCUUCUUCAUGAAAAAGUGCCAUUUUGCUGCUUACGACUAGACAAGAGUUGCCAGCAUAACUACUAUGAGGACGCAAAAGCUUAUGGAUUCAAAAAUAAACUAAUUAUAGUUGCAGCUGAAACAGCUGGAAAUGGAUUGUAUAAUUUUAUUGUUCCUCUCAGGGCAUAUUAUAGACCAAAGAAAGAACUCAAUCCCGUUGUACUGCUGUUGGAUAACCCGCCAGAUAUGCAUUUUCUGGAUGCAAUCUGUUGGUUUCCAAUGGUUUACUACAUGGUGGGCUCUAUUGACAACCUAGAUGACUUACUCAGGUGUGGAGUGACUUUUGCUGCCAACAUGGUGGUCGUGGACAAAGAGAGCACCAUGAGCGCCGAAGAAGACUACAUGGCAGAUGCCAAAACGAUUGUAAACGUGCAGACCCUUUUCAGGUUGUUUUCCAGUCUCAGUAUUAUCACAGAGCUUACUCACCCAGCUAACAUGAGAUUCAUGCAAUUCAGAGCCAAAGACUGUUACUCUCUUGCGCUUUCAAAACUGGAAAAGAAAGAACGAGAAAGAGGCUCUAACUUGGCCUUCAUGUUCCGACUGCCUUUUGCUGCUGGGAGGGUGUUCAGCAUCAGCAUGUUGGACACUCUUCUUUACCAGUCAUUUGUGAAGGAUUAUAUGAUUUCUAUCACCAGACUGCUGCUGGGAUUGGAUACCACCCCAGGAUCGGGGUUCCUCUGCUCUAUAAUAUGUAAUAAUUCAUAUGGAUUCCAGAUGAGAAUCACGGAGGAUGACUUAUGGAUCAGAACGUACGCCCGACUUUAUCAGAAGCUGUGCUCUUCUAGCGGAGAUGUUCCCAUUGGGAUCUACAGGACAGAAUCUCAGAAACUUACGACAUCUGAGUCUCAAAUAUCCAUCAGUGUGGAAGAGUGGGAAGACACCAAAGAUUGCAAAGAACAUGGCCACCACCGAGGCAGCCACCGCAACUCCACGUCCAGUGACCAGUCGGACCAUCCCCUGCUGAGAAAGAAGAGCCUGCAGUGGGCCCGAAGGCUGAGCAGAAAAGGCCCCAGACACUCUGGUAAAACAGCUGAGAAAAUAACCCAGCAGCGACUGAACCUCUACAGGAGGUCAGAGAGACAAGAGCUUGCUGAACUUGUGAAAAAUAGAAUGAAACACUUGGGUCUUUCUACAGUGGGAUAUGAUGAAAUGAACGAUCAUCAGAGCACCCUGUCCUACAUCCUGAUUAACCCGUCUCCAGACACCAGGCUAGAGCUGAAUGAUGUUGUAUACUUAAUCCGACCAGAUCCACUGGCGUACCUGCCAAACAGUGAACCCAGUCGGAAAAACAGCAUCACCACUGCUGGUCAAGAUUCUCGGGAGGAAACUCAGCUUUGAUAAUGAGAAAAUAAGAGACUUCUUUUUUCCUACAAGGAUCUUGCUUGAAAGAACUCCAAAUCUUAGGGCGGAAAAAAAAAGCGCUGCUGUCAUUAAAUGAACUAGACUAGAAUAUAUUCAUAUCUCUCAUAUUUAAAAAAAAUCUGUUCUCUUAGAAGUAUAGAUUAUUUUGAAAUUUCACAUACUCCUUAUUGGCAUUCCUCCUGUUAAUAUUGGAAAGAUAACAAUGGAAUGAGUUUGAAAACCUGUUAAAACAUAAUUCUAAAUUUGAUAUUUAAUUGUUUGACAGUAAUCUAAACUGUAUGAAGCCAAUUUAAAAAGUAUUAAGGUUUUAUGAAAGUAAACUGAAAAUCCAGAUAUAUUUGGUGCAUCACAAUGGACACAGAAGAUUGGGCUCCUCUUAAAAGUUAAAUGUGUCACAUUAUAUUCUUUAAACUCUCUCUUUUAUAAAACUGAGCUCUUCAUCAAUGUCUAAUCUUUUCUCCACAGAGAUUAACAAACUUGUUGCCUGACAUUGUUGUAAGAAUCAUAGUUUGUUUUAGAAUAUAAAUCUUGAAGUCAUUUUAACCUGUUUUUGUUGCCUUUUCACAUGAUGUCAUAUUUAUUUUAGAAUUUGAGAUGCUCACAGCAUGUUUUAUUACACUGAAGAAGCAAAACAAACAAAAAGAAAUAUCAAAUACCUGAACUUCUUGCUAACAUGUCUGACACACACUCUACGUCAAAAGUAUACUAAAAAGCAAAUAUUGAUUGUUCUCCUACACGAAUGCCUAACAUACAUAAAAUACUUAAACACAUUUGUUGACUUAAUUUCAUCCAAGAAUUGAAAUAUUAACUGACGUAUGCAGUAAUGGUUUUCAUAAGACGCUUGAGUUUUAACAUUUCUCAUAUAUCUAUACAGAAUAUUUCAGUAGAAAGAUACUUUAAAAUUCAAAACAGGAAAAUGAUAUGUCUUAUAUAAUACAAAGACAGUGAAACAUUAGAAGUCCUCCUUUAUGUUUGUAGUAUUUAAAUCGUCAUACACAAAAACAUAGUACGUUGAAACAUUUGAUUUAAUUUUGAAAAAUUAUCUAUAGGAAUAGUUUUAAUGUAGUGAGGAAAAGUGUGCAAUAAAGAUAGGUAGUUCUGCCAUUGAAAUUUAACAUAAAUCAUGUGGAAUCUGACAGUUAUAAAUUAAAUAUAAAUGGGCCCUUGGUGACCUGUAUCUCACAUCAGAAACAAUGAAAAGCACAAAAGCAUAGCUCACCAGGUAGUGAGAAUACGUUAAGGCAUUCCCACGGAAGAGACAUUGGUAAAUUUAAAGAGAUAUUUUUCUUCUAAUUUUGUAUUUUUUAAAAUUUGACAUGGAGUUUUAAUUCAACAGAAAAUAGGACACAUAAGACGACAAAGAAACAUUUUAUCCUAUUUUUUCAUAAAGCAGAUAAAUGGAAAUAAAAGGAUUAAGAAAUACAGAUAAAGAAAACCCUGUAGUCCCCAAAUAAUUCUGUAGAAAUAAAGACGUAAAACAUAAAAUAUGAAAUUAUGAACAUACGCCAUUGUAUAAUUGGGCUUAGAGAAUAUGAAAUGCCUAUUUGUUAUUCUUGUCUUAGUAAUUUUACAUUAUUCUCAUUUUGGAAUAACAAAAACACCAAGGAUUUCCCCUAAAGCAGGGAGAUCUUAUCUUUAAUUUUCUUUAACCAGACAGGGAAGUAGAAUUUACAAAAAAAUUGCUUAAAAUUGAAAUUAUACCUUAAAACAAAUUUUGUAUGUAUAGGUAUGUAUGUUAUAAACACAUGGAAAAUACAUUUGACAAACACAUAUUAACAUGUAAAUUAUUCAAACCAAAGUCAGAAGCAAACUAAUAUAUGUAAUGGAGAAUACUAAUAAAUUUAAUGAAUCUUUUCAUAUUUGCAUAUCGAUAGUCAAGUAUGAUGUUUGAGUUGCCAUUUCUUUAUUUCACUACACUUAUUUUAAGGAAUAAAUGUAAGAUUUUAUGAUUCACCUGUUUCCUCACAAGAUCUCGUUUAGUAUUUUUGCAUUAUGACAGCUAUUAAGACUCAGAUUUUAAGUUAGGACAUGAUUCUAUUUCCUAUAAAACUAAUAAUUUUGUUUCAUAAAUUUUACAAUAAUUAUUUUUGAUUAUGAACAUUAGUCAAAAUUUAAUAUAUGACACAAUUCAUAUCAGCUUGCUAUAAGAAUGAGUUUAUUAGUCUUUCUGUUAUUAAAAAACAUAAAAACAUGCUUAUAAAAGCCUUUUAAGAAACUGUUGCCUUUUUAAAAUACUUAGACUUGCACAUGAAAAUAAAAGACAAAGUCAAUAAUAGUCCUUGUAACCCUAGGGGAACUGGUUCUGUUUACUGUCUAUGUACCAUUUUGCUUUCGGUUACAUCGAACUGCUUUAAAUUAAAGA